AUGGCCGCAGCACCCUUUUUGUUGGCCACCAAGACGCCCACGGAAUCCAAGACAGUCGAUCGCCCACGCGAAAAGCAGGUACGCGGAAGGAGCAUACUACUGCAACCUGCCAUUUGUUGGAGAUUGGUAGUCAGCGGUGCAGCGAGCCUUCUGAGGAUUCUCGCAUUGGUCACCUCAGCUAGAAAACCGAAUCCUGUCGUCCGUUCAAGCAUUCGGCCGUCCAACAUAUCGCUGCACAUCUAG